AUGAUAACAACACUACUGAUAAAACAUAUCUACAUAAAUAUUGAAGAACUAAUCAAGGACUUAUAUGCUGCUGCGGAACCUUUCACAAUUUGCCAGAUUUUCGAUCGAAUUGAUAAAACAGAGAACACAACAGAUGAUUUCGUAUCUUGGUGGACGGAAUAUAUUGAUUUUUUAUGCCAUUUGCCAUAUCCAGAAGGCUACUUUAAACGACUAGUGCAUACAUUAAAAGUUUAUUAUAAAGCCACUGGUAAUAAUGAACAGACUUUACGUCAAGUAGAUGAGUUCGAAGCCGACUAUCAGUUAAAGAAUGCUGUACGAUGGUAUACUCGUCCUUCAUUCUUAUUUUCCAUUAUAAAUCAAGCUUUUCGUCAGCAAAAUACCGAAUUACUAUUCUUAUUUGGAAUCUUUGUGCAAGAUAUCUAUAAAGUAUUAGCUGAUGAAUUUAAACAGAAUAGAAUCCUGGCCGAAGAGUAUGGAACAUCAGAUCUAACAGUGUAUCGUAGUCAGAUUAUGUCACAAAAAGAAAUUGAUCGUAUAAAAUCACCUUACACAAAGUAUUUGACCAAUACUAGUUUACUUUCGACGUCUUACAGAAAAUCGGUAGCAGAUCUGUAUUCUGAUCCAAACGAUUCACGACAAGUGCUAUUUGAAAUUGAUUAUAAUCCAUGCCUAUUAUCACGCCCAUACGCACCCGUUGCACAUCUGAGUUAUAUACCAGCUGACGAAGAAGUGUUAUUUAUGCCUGGAACUCAAUUCGAAAGACUUGCUGUACUACACGAGAAGUUUUGGACAGUAAUUAGAUUGAAGUUAAGAUACAAUUUAUCAGUGGAAUUUCAAUACGAAAAUGAAAGUCGAAAUUUGAAAAACUACGUCAGACGAUUAGGACAACAUUUAUUUUACAAAACUCCGAAAAAUGACAGAGAUAUCAUUUUUACUAAACUAAAUGAUUUGUUUCCAAACGAGCACCUUUGGUUAUCAGCUGUUAAGCUUGAUGCAAUUGGCUGCUAUCAAGAAUGGGUAUUGAACGAUUAUACAUUAGCCGUACGUAGUUAUAAAAAAGCAAUUGAUUUAUGGAAAGAAUUCAGUGAAACUGAUAUUGAUGCCAUCAAUGCAGUAGCUAUGCUUUAUAAUCAGCUUGGAUAUUGCUGUCAAAAAUUUGCUGAAGAAAGUUACGAUCAGUCAAAAACGUACAGUGAAGCAGUUCUGGUUAAUACAACUGCUGCUAACUGUGAUCGCGUCGAUUCUCUGAACAGAUUAACUGAAAUGUAUGAAACAAAAUCGAAGACUGAUGAUAGUGACAAGUUAAAUGAAAAUGCAUCAUUAGCGAUUAAAUAUCAAGAACAAGCUCUGAACAAUAUGUCAACUGACAGCAAUUAUAACGAUUACGACAUCGUACCUUGUGUCGAACGUCUAGGUCGACUUUGUGAAUUAGCACACGAUUAUGACAAAGCUAUACGCGCCUAUGAAGGUGCGAUUCGCAUAUAUUCACAGCAAAUCGAACGAGAUUUACCUAUGCUUAUUAGUCUUCACCAAAGAAUAGCAACAAUCUAUUUGAAAGACUUGAAGAACUAUUCUCUAGCAAUUGAAUAUCAAAUAAAAACACAUAAAUAUAGUUUGGAAAAAUAUGAACUGAAAAUGACGAUAGAAAAACGAGCUGAAAUUCAAUAUAAUACAAGAAAAAUAGUCAAUAGCUAUGUUCAAUUAGCUGAUAUAUAUCUCGAAAUGAAGGAUAAUAUUCUCGCUCGAAAAAAUUUGAAUGCUGCAUUAGCCUUGUAUGGAGAAGCAGAACCCGAAUUGCAAGAUGACAGAACAAUAAUCGAAAGUAUUUAUAAAAAAUUAAAGAAUAUGUGUUUUUGUUCUCAUACUGUUCUAUGA